UGUGACAUGAUCUGGAACACUCAUAGGGAAAGAGAUAUCACUGCGGGGAUUACUUUACUGUUAAAAACAGUUACUGGAAUUGAUGGAAAUGCGCAAAGACACGCGCGUUUCUUUGGCACGCUGGGGACCGCCGCCCGGAAUGUAGAAGUGUCCGCUUUUAACCGAAGAAUUGGAUUGGAGAAACCACUGCUCAUUUGUGAUUUGCGGUUUUGAGGAUUACAAUUAUGAUUGAUAUCUUGUACUUGUUGUGCCUCAUACCUGUGUCAGGUGCGGUUACAGACCUGACGAUGAUCUCCAACGCCGAGGCCUCCACCCCUCAGCGCUUCUCCAUAUCUUGCCUCACUGGGGAGCGGGAUGCAGCAGAGUUAGACCUGGACAUCAAGAAGGACAACAGCAUUCUCAUCCUCCCCUCACCGUCCCGAUACAGCGUCAAGAGGCCCAAGACCAAGGAGGUGGUGGCCAAUGAGUUUGUUGGUAUAGUGGACCAGACGGGCAUCUUCUAUUGUCAUGCAUCAAAGGGAACUAGUCCUACUAGAAACCUGGUCACAGUCACUCUCAUCAACAACUACAGCAAAGGUCUUUUUGUCCCAGCCCACCUCACAGUGACGACUAACAGAGGGGACACAGUCCACCUGGCCAUGCAGGUCCUCAGCUCCCAGAGGAGAGAUGUCACCUGGAAGUACAAUGGAAACUAUUUCUACAUGACCCACUGGGGUGAUGUGUCCAACAGUACGACCGUAUUAACCUUUGAGGACGUGGCUCGUGCCCACGAGGGCAUCUACAGUGCAGGCUUCGUGGGAGACAGUCCCAUCAAUGGAGCAUGGAUGAGGCUGAUUGUCAGAGACUGUGCAAGUAAGAAGUGGGGUGCCGACUGUGACAAGGACUGUCCAGAGUGUCUCAAUGGAGGGGUGUGUCACGACAGUGACGGGGACUGUAUCUGUCCACCAGGGUUCAUGGGGAUGCGCUGUGAGACAGCCUGCAGAGAGGGGAUGUUUGGCCGUAACUGCCAGGAGUGGUGCAGGUCAGAGCUGGACUGUGUAGGGCUGAGGUUCUGCCUGGCCGACCCUUACGGAUGCUCCUGUGCCAGCGGAUGGUUUGGGAACCACUGCAACAAAUCCUGCCACAGGGACAUGUACGGGGCAGACUGCAGCCUGAGCUGUAGGUGUAAGAACGGGGGAGUGUGUAACCGUUUCAGUGGAUGUCAGUGUCCCACUGGCUGGAGAGGACAGCACUGUGAGAAAUCAGACCGCGCCCCUCAGAUCUUGGACAUGGCCAGUAGUCUGGAGUGGAACCUUGACUCCAGCCCUGAGAUCCUGUGUUCUGCCACAGGCAACCCCCUGCCCAGCCACACCAGCAUCGAGCUGCGCAAACUGGACAGUUCUGUGCUCAAGGCAUCUCGCACCACCAUGGACUCCCAUAAGAGCACAGCCCAGUUUGAGAUCCCCCGUCUGUCCUUCGAGCAUGCUGGAUUAUGGGAGUGCAGGGUCUCCACCAAUGGGGGACAAGACUCCCGCAAGUUCAACCUCACUGUCAAAGAGCCGCCGUGCCCCAGCACCCCUCCCAAGCUGCUGGAGAAGAGGAGUAAGCAGCUGGUGGUGAUGCCUGUGGACUCCUACAGAGGAGACGGACCCAUCGACUCCACCAAGCUCCUCUACAAGCCCAUGGAGACUGGAGACUCCUGGUCCUCCAUCAUAGUAUACAGUAGAGAGCCUAUAACUCUGAUGAAUCUGAAGCCGUCUACACGCUACCACGUCCGUGUCCAGCUGACCCGUCCUGGGGAGGGAGGGGAGGGAACUCUGGGGCCUGAGGCCAUCAUGGAGACUGACUGUCCAGAGCCAACGGUUCGACCGGAGAUUGACUUCAGUUCGCUGGAGGGCCGCAACGCCACCGUACGCUGGCUGUUGCCUGGCAACGCGGGCGGGGCCGUGGGUGCGGCCAGCGGGUUCUUAGUGCAGCUCUUUGGGCCCUCCCCCUCAGGAGAGAAGCUGAGAGAGGAGACCACCCUGCUCAAUGUGCUCUCCACCAAGUUCUACAACCUGCAGUACCACCAAGACUACACAGUGGUCGUCAGGCUACUCAACUGUGGCAGUCUGGGGCCUGCCUCUAAGCCUUACCACUUCCGCAUCAACAGCCAGGGUCCCUCCUCUCCUCGUAAUGUCCAGGCCCUGCCCCUGUCUGUGUCUGCGGUGCAGGUGAAGUGGCAGCCCCCUGAGGACCCUAACGGGGGCAUAGUGAAGUACAUCAUAGAGUACCAGCCAGUGGGUCAGGGCAGCCUGCACCCCUGGGUAGAUACUGACGAUGGCAACAAGACGGUUAAAGACGUGACUGCACUUAACGGGAGUACUCUCUACCAGUUCAGAGUGAGAGCCUUCUCUAAAGUACCGGGGGAGUGGAGCAAGAUGGUCCAUGCCAGGACCCAGGGAGAUGGCUUCCAGGACUUCACUCCAACCACCCAGGGUGUGGGGGGGCGUCCAGGCAGCGAGGGCUACCAGCUGGUGGUGGCGGUAGUGGGGUCUGUGACGGUCACCUGUGUCACCAUCCUGCUGGCCCUGCUGGCCCUCUUCUGCAUCCGCAAGACCCUGCUCAACCGCAGACGCAGCUUCACCUACCAGUCUGGAUCGGUGAGAGACAGAGGAGAGGAGACCAUCCUGCAGUUUAACUCUGGGACCCUGACCCUGACGAGGAGACCCAAGCCUGCCGCCGAGUCCCUCACCUACCCCAUCCUGGAGUGGGAUGACAUCAAGUUCGAGGACGUCAUCGGAGAGGGCAACUUCGGCCAGGUCAUCAAGGCCAUGAUCAAGAAGGAUGGGGCCAAGAUGAGCGCUGCUAUCAAGAUGCUGAAAGAGUUUGCCUCUGAGAAUGACCACCGGGACUUUGCAGGAGAGCUGGAGGUAUUGUGUAAACUGGGCCAGCAUCCCAACAUCAUCAACCUCAUAGGAGCCUGUGAAAACAGGGGGUACCUGUACAUUGCCAUUGAGUACGCCCCCUAUGGUAACCUGCUUGACUUUCUGCGUAAGAGCAGAGUCCUGGAGACAGACCCUGCCUUUGCCAAGGAGCAUGGCACCGCAUCCACCCUCACCUCACAACAACUGCUGCAGUUCGCCGUCGACGUGGCAACUGGCAUGCACUACCUUAGUGACAAACAGUUCAUCCACAGAGAUCUGGCAGCGAGGAACGUUCUAGUGGGAGACAACCUGGUCGCUAAGAUAGCAGACUUCGGUCUGUCCAGAGGAGAGGAGGUCUAUGUCAAGAAGACCAUGGGGAGGUUGCCUGUGCGUUGGAUGGCGAUAGAGUCCCUAAACUACAGUGUGUACACCACCAAGAGUGACGUAUGGUCUUUCGGUGUACUUCUAUGGGAGAUAGUGAGUUUAGGUGGUACUCCUUACUGUGGGAUGACCUGUGCCGAGCUUUACGAGAAGCUCCCUCAGGGCUACAGGAUGGAACAGCCCAGGAAUUGUGACGACGAAGUGUAUGAGUUGAUGAGGCAGUGCUGGAGAGACCGGCCCUAUGAGAGACCUCCGUUCUCCCAGAUCUCUGUACAGCUCAACAGAAUGCAGGAGGCCAGGAAGGCCUACGUGAACAUGGCGCUCUUCGAGAACUUCACCUAUGCUGGGAUAGACGCCACGGCCGAGGAGGCCUGACUUCCAACCCCCCCAGACCCCGACAGGUCUCGUAGCCCACAGGAGAGGCCCCGAGGCUGGGCACCGCGUUACUGCCGCCCCCCUGCUGCGGCCCAACGUGGGGACCGGUGGAACAACAGACGAUCCACCCGGACCACUAGGCUAUAGAGGGAGGACUGUGAAAGGACACUGUCGAGGUCUGAUGGGGGGACUGGUUGGGAUUGGUUUGGGAGUUGUAACACUGGACUUGGGACACACCUCUGUGCUUGUUUGAAGGAAAGUUUGGAAGAGGAAGGUGCUAUAUCACAUGAUACUACACUACCAGAGUCACAUGAUACUACACUGACAGUCCCAUGAUACUACACUGACAGUCCCAUGAUACUACACUGCCAGAGUCACAUGAUACUACACUGCCAGAGUCACAUGAUACUACACUGACAGAGUCACAUGAUACUACACUGACAGAGUCACAUGAUACUACACUGCCAGAGUCACAUGAUACUACACUGCCAGAGUCACAUGAUACUACACUGACAGUCACAUGAUACUACACUGACAGAGUCACAUGAUAUUACACUGACAGUCACCUGAUACUACAGUGACAGAGUCACAUGAUACUACACUGACAGUCACAUGAUACUACACUGCCAGAGUCACAUGAUACUACACUGACAGAGUCACAUGAUACUACACUGACAGUCACAUGAUACUACACUGACAGUCACAUGACACUACAGUGCCAGAGUCACAUGAUACUACAGUGACAGAGUCACAUGAUACUACAGUGACAGAGUCACAUGAUACUACAGUGACAGAGUCACAUGAUACUACACUGACAGUCACAUGAUACUACACUGCCAGAGUCACAUGAUACUACACUGACAGUCACAUGAUACUACACUGCCAGAGUCACAUGAUACUACACUGACAGUCCCAUGAUACUACACUGACAGUCCCAUGAUACUACACUGCCAGAGUCACAUGAUACUACACUGACAGAGUCACAUGAUACUACACUGACAGUCCCAUGAUACUACACUGCCAGAGUCACAUGAUACUACACUGACAGUCCCAUGAUACUACACUGCCAGAGUCACAUGAUACUACACUGACAGAGUCACAUGAUACUACACUGCCAGUUACAUGAUACUACACUGACAGAGUCACAUGAUACUACACUGCCAGAGUCACAUGAUACUACACUGACAGAGUCACAUGAUACUACACUGACAGAGUCACAUGAUACUACACUGACAGAGUCACAUGAUAUUACACUGACAGUCACCUGAUACUACAGUGACAGAGUCACAUGAUACUACACUGACAGAGUCACAUGAUAUUACACUGACAGUCACCUGAUACUACACUGACAGAGUCACAUGAUACUACACUGCCAGAGUCACAUGAUACUACACUGACAGAGUCACAUGAUACUAAACUGACAGUCACAUGAUACUACACUGACAGUCCCAUGAUACUACACUGACAGUGUAUGUGGGGUGCCCUAUGACCUUUCCUCCGUCCAAAUGGAGAGAAUACUUUUUUAUGGACACAUGGACACACGUGGAGUCUGCUGUUCAUUCUGAGAUGGAUUGAGAUGGAUCUGGCUGGGGAGAAAACAUACAAUGUAGCACUUGAACCAGAAACAUGUAUAUUCAUGUGUAUAUUCACUUAUUUCCCGUCUUUCGGAUGGGACGUUAAACGGGUGUCCUGACUCUCUGUGGUCACCAAAGAUCCCAUGGCACUUUUUGCAAGAGUAGGGGUGUUAACCCCGGUGUUCUGGCUAAAUUCCCAAUCUGGCCCUCAUACCAUCAUGGCCUCCUAAUCACCCCCAGCUUCCAAUUGGCUCAUUCAUCUCCUCUCCCCUGUAGCUAUUCCCCAGGUCGUUGCUGUAAAUGAGAAUGUGUUCAGUCAACGUACCUGGUAAAAUAACGGUAAAUAAAAUGGUAGUACAGUAUAUCAUGAGAAUGUAACCGCUGUGCUUUUUACCGUCUUUCCUUCCUACAGAAUAUAUCCUCCUUUUGUAAAAGUUUAGUAUAAAUCAUAUACACAGAC